UCGUCGUCAUCUUCAUCAUCAUCAUCAUCAGCAUCAGCAUCAUCUCGAAUUUCUCUCUUGCAUCCAUCUUAACGCAGUCUCAACUCCCCCAUCCCAUCCCUGGAAUCCUUCAUCCAAAUGCGACCGAUCGAGACGGCAGCCGUCAUCAGUACGGUCGUCUGCGCACUCGCGUUGGUCUUCACGGCGGCCCACGACGCCAGCCCUCACCCAGCCCAUCCACCCAACCACCCGUUCCAUGGCACUGCCGACGCACCAGCCAUGGCCAUGGCGGGGCUCCGCGAGUCCUCCUCCUCCGACGCCGCGGCCUUCUCGUCUUCGUCCGCCUCCGACGCCCUGCGCGAUCGCGAGUACACCUUCCACCUCGAGAACGCCGCGUCGCCGACGCCGCCCGUCGCCUACCUCAUUCUUGGCGCUGUUCCGUUGCUGCUGGCGCUUGUGCACGUGGCGGUCGAGCGACCUCGCUGGCAGUUGGCUCCGCUGUACUUUGCCGACAUUCUGCUGCUGCUCGCCGCUGCCAUUCCGCCCGUCGGCGUCGUGUCGACCUCGGCCAUCGUGCUCGUGAUUGUGUUUGCAGCCAUCUCGGCCAUUCUUGGCAUCAUGUUUGCCGUCACAACGUUUCCGAUACCGUCGGGACCUUUUGACGUCGCUACACAAAGCUUGGACUGGCCGACACAAACCACAACUGUUCAUCUCAAUGCGAAACUGCCACAGCCGACCUAUCCGGCUGAUGUGGCUGGACCUCCGAAUGUUUCGGCCGAGUCGACUCCGUUCUGUGUGCAGGUCUUCUACCCGAUGCGCCUGAAAGAGUCUGCUGCACGAUCUGGAGGCGCGGAUGCCGAUCUGGUCAAGCGCUCGCCUGCGUCCUAUCUCGUCCACGGUGGCGAAUCGGCGAGGGCCUAUGCUUCGUUCAUUGGCAUCCCAGCGGCCGCCCACUUUCUCGUGUCGCACUUGAGUCUGAUCAAGAUGAACGCCACCGAAAAUGGUCCGAUUGCUCGAAAUGCCCAAUUUCCAGUCGCCAUCUUUUGCCACGGCUUGGGUGGCUCGCGCACUGCGAAUGCAAUCAUCUGCAAAGAGCUGGCAUCCUUUGGCUUUGUCGUGCUUUGUCCCGAGUUCCAUGACGGCAGUGCCUCGUACACUGUUCUGCCCGACGGCCGCGAGAUUCGCUACCAGCGGCCAUCGCGCAGUGAUGACGAGUGGCUGUACUCCUUCCGGCACCGGCAGUUGCGCCAUCGCACAACGCAAGUGCUUCGGCUCCUUGCGGGUCUUGACGAAUUGAACGACCGAGGUGUUGGCAGCAUUACCUCGUUCAAAGGAAAGCUGGAUCCAUCCCGAGUUUUGCUGAUCGGACAUUCGUUCGGAGCUGCGACAGCCAUCUAUGCAGCAAUGCAGGGGGAUCGUCGUGUUCGGGCAGUGGUCGCAUAUGAUGCUUGGAUGUUCCCAAUCGGCCCGAACGUGGCGCGACACCCCAUCCCAAACUUCCCGCCAAUCCUUUCGAUCGACACCGAGCUGUUUGACGAGUCUCGCAAAUUGAUGCACGUUCUUCUCGAACAAGUCCGCACUGCCGCUCCAGAAACGACGCCGACGGGGCUCUGGCUCAAAGUGCGCGACACUGGCCAUCAAAACUUUACCGAAUUUCCCUUCUUUUUCCCGCAGGUUCUUCGAAGAAUGGGCAAGUCGGGCAAAAUGGAUCCGGCCGCCGCGAUGGCCCUCAUCAAUGCGUUAACGCUGCGAUUCAUCGGCAGAUACUUUGGCAGCGUUGGACAAUUCAUCCCCGAAAUCGCUCGAGCCCGCCAAGCCGGUACUGUGCUCGAGCAGGCCUUGGUGGCCGCCGACAUUAUCGCCGUAGCCGACGCUGAGCAUGUCACCACAAUUGAAAUCACUCGCCAAUCAACUUGAAUGUUGAACAAAUGGUGUCAUUCAAAUCAUCAGACAGCAAAAUAAAAUCGCAAACACGAAACAA